GGAGUCUGGGGAGAAAAUGGAGGCUCAUUUCAUCAUAUUUACCCAGGCCCUCCGUCUUAACUGAGCUUCUACACUUAUUCUACGUGUUCAACAACCAAGAAGCGGAUAAAAAAGUUGUCGCACUGACGGAAUUUACUCUCCAAACAAAGUUCUUCAUGCUACUUCUAUCACAUGGCGCAGAUUGGCAGCAUCAUGGUUUGGGGCCGUGGCACCCUCGUGACCCUCCACAUUUCCUGGAAUGAGCGGGAACGUGAGCCUUGAAAGCCACACCAUGGGACGCCUGUAGUACCCCCGCACCCCGCCUAACCCCACCCCACAUUGGCAGGAGCCACAAACAGACCAAAAUAAGGGGCUGGAAACUUGCAAGGGGACACAGACGAGGACUCCAAAAUCUCUCCCUCAGAUCUGUCCUGCUGGAGACUCUAUCUAUUUAGGUCAGCCAGUUUGGGAAGGAUCUUAGGAGGGCAUAGGGAAGUGAGCUCCAGUGUGUGUGUGUGUGUGUGUGUGUGUGUGUGUGUGUGUGUGUGUGUGUGUGAGUGUGUGUGUGUGUGUGUGUGUGUAUGUGUGAGUGUGUGUCUGUGUGUGUGUGGAGGCAGUGAGUGUGUCUUUUUUAGAGUAGGUGCCUACCCCACGGCACUGAGGCCAUGAGGCCCAAGACUUUCCCAGCUGCCCCGUACGUGGGCAACACGCGCCAGAGACUGCAGGAGAUCAAGGAGGGACUGAAGCAGCCGGCCAAACUGGUGAGCCAGGCGCUGCACGGGGGCAGCUCGCGAACCGAGGGGGGGCGAGGGGCCGACUGCAAGGGCGGGAAGGACACGGCCAACCGGCAGCAGCAGCUCCGCCCGCCCCAGAAGUUCAACAACUACCAGAAUGCCCUGCGGGAGAUCCGCAAGUCCCUCAUGCCCUUUGCCAAUGAGUCGGGCCCAUCCUCGGGGUCAGGACACCCGGCCGCCGCCAGGGAGGUCAACCAGCAGAUGCUGCAGGACCUGGUCAACGCCGGCUGUGACCAGGAGAUGGCUGCACGGGCGCUGAAGCAAACAGGAAGCAGGAACAUUGAAGCAGCCUUAGAGUAUAUCAGUAAGAUGGGUUACCUCGACCCCCGCAAUGAGGUUAUUGUCCGGGUCAUCAAACAGACUUCACCAGGAAAAGGUGUCAUGCCAAAUUCAAUGGACCACCGACCAACGUUGGAGGCUUCAGGUGAGGCGAGUGCCAUGCCCCCCUACCACCAGAUGGGAGCUCCCAUGUAUGAGGCAGCGGCGGCGUACGGCCCUGAGGGAGAGAUGCCCAGGCCCUACAUGGGCGCACCCCCUGUAAUGAACUACAUGAUGCCGCCCUCUGGUGCAGCACAGGGCCCUGCCAUGGGAAACCCAAUGGGUCGACCUCCAAGUAUGGGCACCUAUCCACCAGCAAUGGCCACCCAGAGCAACCCAGGUAACAACAUGUAUCCGCCUGGGGCUCAGCAGAUGGGCUAUCCAGCAAGUAUGGAGCAGCAUGGGCCCAUCAUGAGCUACAAUGUCCCAGGCCAGCCCCUGCAGCUACAACCCCAGCCACCAGGGGGCCCUGUGCCAGGCCCCCACUAUGACUACAGCCAUGCCAGGUCACACAUGAUGGAGCCCGCAGGCUACGGAGUCAAGAGGAGCGCUUCCUUCCAGAACAAAAUGGCACCACCUCCAAUGGCACCCCCAGACAACUAUGUCAACAUGCAGGGGAAAGGGCCCAUGGGCCAGAAUGGGCCGGGAGGAGGAGGAGGAGGAGGCUACCCUGCCAACCUGUACCUGCCCCCGCACUCUCACCCACGUCAGGCCAGCCCCACCUCCCACCAGGUCCACAUGAUGGCCCGCAACCCAGGUGGGGCCUCAGCUGCUUUGGGGCCUGACUUCUCUGACCUUCCCCAGGGCCUGAUGACGCCCUCCAGGGCCAGCCUCAACCUGGACCUGUAUGAGCACCACUGGGCGGGGCCUCCAGGCUCCGAGGGAGCCCCCCCAGCUAGACAGCCUCAGCCCCAGGGUCCAUUCAGGGGGGAGGUGCGCGUCCCCAGCAGAACCAACUCCUUCAACAACCGGUCAGCUGGACCCAACGGCGUACGGCCUGCAAUGGCAGCCCCCCCAACAGCUGGGAAACAGGAGCCUUCCCUUGGACCUCCAAACACCAUCACAGCUGUUACAUCACCGCCCAUCCAGCAGCCAGUGAAGAGCAUUCGGGUGAUGAGGCCUGAGCCCAAGACAGCUGUGGGCCCAUGCCAUCCUGGCUGGAUGGCUGCACAGGCCCAGGACACAGCAGAGCCCCUCGCGUACAUGCCAGAGGAGGCAUACUCCCUGGAGCCGGCUCAGGAGCCACGCUGCCCUCCGCCACCUUACCCCAAACCUCUGCUCAUGUCUGCGGCACCAGGAGAGCCUGGGGCCCUUGAGGGAGCUGGAGUGAUAUCUGGUGCUCAGGACCUUGGUGGCCCCGCUGCCAGAAACACACAGGGUGGCAGUGGAGGGAGCGGCAAAGUGGAGGAAAGUCAGCAGGUGAAAGAGAAGACCAAGUCAAGCAAGGGAGAGAAAACAGUGAAAGACAAGAAGCAGAUCCAAACGUCUCCCGUUCCAGUAAGGAAGAACGGGCGUGACGAGGAAAAGAGGGAGUCACGUAUCAAGAGUUACUCGCCUUUUGCCUUCAAGUUCUACAUGGAGCAGCACAUAGAAAAUGUGAUGAAGACCUACCAGCAGAAACUAAACCGCAGGAUGCAGCUGGAACAGGAGAUGUCCAAGGCCGGCCUAUCGGAAGCAGAACAGGAGCAAAUGAGGAAGAUGCUCAACCAGAAAGAGUCUAACUACAACCGGCUGCGCCGCGCCAAGAUGGACAAAUCCAUGUUUGUCAAGAUCAAGACAUUGGGCAUAGGUGCCUUCGGUGAGGUGUGCCUUACGCGUAAGGUGGACACUGGUGCACUUUACGCCAUGAAGACAUUACGCAAGAAGGACGUCCUCAAUCGCAAUCAGGUGGCCCAUGUGAAGGCAGAGCGGGACAUCCUGGCUGAGGCCGACAACGAGUGGGUGGUGCGUCUCUACUACUCCUUCCAGGACCGUGACAGCCUCUACUUCGUCAUGGACUACAUCCCUGGUGGAGACAUGAUGAGCCUGCUCAUCCGAAUGGGCGUCUUCCCUGAGCCGCUGGCACGCUUCUAUGUAGCUGAGCUAACGCUGGCCAUCGAGAGCGUCCACAAGAUGGGCUUCAUCCACCGCGACAUCAAACCAGACAACAUCCUCAUCGACCUGGAUGGACACAUCAAGCUGACUGACUUUGGCCUGUGCACGGGCUUCCGCUGGACGCACAACUCCAAGUACUACCAGAAAGGGAGCCACAUCAGACAGGACAGCAUGGAGCCCAGUGACUUCUGGGAUGACGUGUCCAACUGUCGCUGUGGAGACCGCCUGAUGACCCUGGAGCAGCGCGCCACCCGGCAGCACCAGCGCUGCCUGGCUCACUCCUUGGUGGGGACACCCAACUACAUUGCCCCUGAGGUGCUGCUGCGCAAAGGUUACACGCAGCUGUGUGACUGGUGGAGCGUGGGAGUGAUCCUCUUUGAGAUGCUGGUGGGACAGCCGCCCUUCCUGGCCCCCACACCCACUGAGACUCAGAUUAAGGUCAUCAACUGGGAGAGCACACUGCAAGUUCCCCCACAGGUGAAGCUGAGCCCUGAGGCUGUCGACAUCAUCGGCCGCCUCUGCUGCUCCGCCGAGGAGCGACUUGGGGGCAACGGUGCUGGCGAGAUCAAGGCCCACCCUUUCUUCAACCAGAUGGACUUCUCCAGCAACCUGCGGCAGCAGCCGGCCCCCUACCGGCCCAAGAUCGCCCACCCCAUGGACACGUCCAACUUUGACCCCGUGGAGGAGGAGGGGGGCCCAGGCGCAUGGAGUGACAGCGGGGACAGUACCCGGGCCUGGGACACACUCUGCUCCCCUCAUGGGAAACACCCCGAGCACGCAUUCUACGAGUUCACCUUCCGCAGGUUCUUCGACGACAAUGGUUGCCCUUUCCGUUACCCCAAGCCCCCUGAGGCCAGCCAGGCACCGCCCAGCGGCACCGGAGCCAACAGCAUGAGCCCCGAAGAGGAAGAGGAGCAGGAGGAGGAUGAGGAGGAGGAUGAGGAAGAAGAAGAGGAAGAGGAGGAAGAGCAGGGGGAGGGAUGUGAGCCGGUGUAUGUCUAGAAUCCCAGAUGGCAGGCGUCCCUUUCCAACGAUCAGCGCUCAUCAGCCCGCUCCCUGUCACCCUCCCAUUUACCACUGCUCUUGGGUGUGUGUAUGUGUUUAUGUGUGUGUUGGUAUAAGUGCUACACGGUUGCGCAUGUGUAUGCAGACCUGAAAAUGUGUGAAUAUGUGUUUUAGAGUGUGCGAGUGUAAGGGCCUGAUGAGCUAACGUGUUAAAUGAUUCAGACACCACCACGUGGAAUCUAGAGAAGGACUACAAUACGAAACUCCCCUGAUCUGGGACCAAGAAACAGCAUGCCCCGCGUGACCAACUGCGUCAAGGCUCACGAGCACGCAGCUAUGAAAACAGCCUAAGAAAUCCGAGAACAGGUCAAAAGGAACAGAUCGUUUAUGUCGUUGGAAAUGUCAGCGUCUAAGGUUGUUCGACAAGUCUUGACUACACUUUGAAGCGGGGACUUUUUGUGAUUCUUCCAGGGUUUGUGAGCGCUCUUGUCGUAUCCCAUUCCUUCCACCCUGGGUCUUACAGACGACCGAAAUGCCUCCACAGUGAUCUUUUUGACACAGGAAGUCCACAGAACUACUUCCUGUUCUAUCUGAGCUGCUUUACACUCGGAGACUGUUGGACUUGGCCAUGUGAAGAGUGGAACCAGUUUACGGCCUUUGCAAAUGUUGGGGAAAAUGUCAGGGCGCUAUGAAUGGAGUAUUCGUCAAGCACAGGGGGGACUUGAUAAAUGUAACGUCUCUUUUUCAGCUGUUGUGAAAUAAGCUACAAAACACACGCAUGCACUCGCACACACCCACACCCACUUUUUUCAGUAUAGCUAUUGUUCAUUCAAACAAGUGUUCUCUAAGUCGCUUCUUUAGGGAGGAACACUACGUGUUUUGCAGGGUUGCUUUCAGUGUCCAUAUUGAGGUUUCAAGAAGUUGGUUCAGAUGAGAUGGACUAACAGAUCACCUCCUCUUACACUUUUCAGCCUCAAAGAAAAAGUUUAUUAGUGCCAUCUUGUGGUUUGAUAGAACAUGUGUGUCUCCCUUUUAAAAUCAGCAGCAUUUAGUUUUUGUAAAAUUUCCAUAUGUUCACUUUCAAAGUCUGCAUUUACAGUCAGUCAUAUUUUGAAAAAUCAGAAUCAAAUGAACCAAACAAGAUUUUUUUUUUUUUUUUUUUGGUUCGUCCAUCUCCCUUCAUUUUGUGAUGAUUCUUGUUCGAUGUAAUGUUGUUAAGAUGGUCCUUCUGCCCUCGGAGGUUAUUGUUACAAAUAUUGUCUCGUUCACAAAAUGGUUUCCGUUACUACUCCAUUUUUGACCCACCAUUUCAAAGCUUGCCACCAUAAAAAAAUUUUAAAAACCCAAUCCAUAUCCACAGUAUUACAGCUAUUCUGCUAGGAUCAGUCCCUCCCAUGCUGAAAACACACAUCUUAACUUAACUACCCUCCUUUACUCUAAUGGAGGCUAUCGUCUGUCGUAAAAACACAAAGCAGAGUUUUCUCACAGCGGCAAAACGUGAUAGUAUGACUAUGUGCAAUACAGAAAAAUACAUUAUAUAUAGUUUUCUAAACACUUAAUAUCCUUUUCAACUUUUAGUAUUGAAACGCGCUAUGUACAAAUAUAUUGGUGUAUGUGUGUAUAUGUAUAUAUAUAUAUAUAUACACACACACAUAUACAUAUAUUAUUUUUCCUUUCAGUUACAACAUGACUCCAUGCUGCUUAUUAUUGUGGUUAAUAUUAUUUACAUUAUUAUUAUUAUUAUUAUUAUUAUUAUCGUUAUUACAAUUGUACCUAUUUUGUUUUAUUGUGGCUUAAAGAAGUGUUGGUUUAAUUGCAAAGUGUGUUUGGGUUUGGGAAGUAACAAACUGUGUGCCUUUCUAGUUGAAUGUUGGAGUGGGUAUAGCCACUCGAUGAUGAGGAUGAUGACGAUCAGUGUUUGCAGAAUUUGGAUGGCAGACUCCCCUGCCUUCUGCAGCCGGGCUGGUCCUGAGUGCAGAGGAGGAGGACGAAAAAGGUUUUGGGGUUGAGAGAGAGAUCGACCAGAGUAGACGAGAGUUUGGAAAAGGCAGUAACAACGAGGCAAGGCAGGGUUGGCUUAUGAGUGAAUAGCUUUCUCUAUUUUACAAGACAGCUCACGGCAAAAAAAAAAAUUGACAAGGAGUUAGUGUUUGGUACAUUUUGUGUUUUAAUUUAUCCUAAAUGACCACAAGUUUAUUUGUUAAACUCUGUACUUGGGCUACAAACCUGUGCCAUGUUCUGCACUGGAGCCCUGUCGCCCAGGCAGACGAUACUCAUUAUCGUUCAGUACCCUCUUCGCUUAAUGACAAUCAGCAAGUAAUGCUUCUCUCUUUAUGUUGAACUGAACUGUCUGGUCAGUGUAUACCAGCAGUUCCAACAGUAUUCUGUAUUUGACUUUAUGACUAGGAAGGGUAAGGAACUAAGAACUGCAAGUUCUUCUGCCAUCGGUCAUUCUCGAAUUCAAGACCUUGUAACUAGUGGCAAGAUAAAUAAUCAUAUUUGUUGGUCAGACUUGUUACACUAGAUUUUUUUUUCUUUGCUUGACAAUGUAUUGAAAGUUUGUCUCUUACUAAAUGUGCCUUGUGUUUUCUAAGUUGGGCAGCACAAACUUAAAAAAAAAUGACCCUUCCUAUUAUCAUCUUGUUUUCACAAUUCUGUAUUAAUCCAGGGAAAGUUGAGUGAGCACAACUUGUUUUUUCAGUGACAACCUGCUUCACAUUUAACUGCAAAAGUAACACUGGCUAUGUUUACAUGCCUGUAUGGAAAAAAAUCCACCCUAAAACAGUUUGAGAGCAUAAAAUGAUUGAUUGAUCUAAAACAUCAAUGGUAAACAUCAGGUCUUGGUGUCAGUCCCUCAGAAUCAAGGAGCUUUUUCUGGGCUACAUGAGGCAGAGGCCGGUUGAGGGAAAGUGGGUACACAUAAAAAAAAAAAAAAUCAAACACUUAAUAACUAUUGGAAUACAUUGGACAUCACAGAUUAAUGAUAUAUUACAGAGUAUUCAAUUGUGCAUUUUUAUCUUAAGGUCAGAAGAAAGCAUCCAUAA